GGCGCAGGCUCCUCCCUCGCUUUCUGGCGGAUCCGGGAAAGUGGAGAGGACCAGCGAAAGGAUUGCGCCCGCCAGAAAGUCAGCGGCGCCCUGGGCCAGGGCCGCCGGAGCCCUGCAACCCCUGUCGCCAAGCUGGGGGGUACAGAGCCAGGCCAGGACAGUGCGGGGCGGCCGGCAGCAUGCGGCCGGUCCCCCGCCUGAGCGCCCCCGAUGGCCCGCGGCGCGGCCUGCGACAGCGACGCGCGCCUGCUGCUCGGCCGGGAAGCUCUGCGCCCGGUGCCCGCGCUGCUGGUCCCUGCCGUGCUGCUGGGCGCUGCGCUUGGCUUCGGCCUCGGCCUCUGGCUCGGUCGCCGCGCUGGCCGCCUGCUCCUCCGCCACCAGAAAGACGACACUCAAUGUCUGCUCAAGAAUUUGGAGCCUAAUGCACACAGCCCCUCAGAAGCUGACUCCCCAUCAUCAAGGAGGAGGAAGACAGAAACGCAGAUCCCCCAGGAUGAGGAGCCUGUAGAGGAAUGUGAGCCACCUUUCAACAGCAGCCUCACAGCAUUUGCUCUCAAGGCCAAGGUCAUCUACCCCAUCAAUCAGAAGUUCCGGCCUCUGGCUGACGGCUCCUCCAACCCAUCCCUGCACGAGACUCUGAGGCCAGCGGCCCUGCCACACCAGCCAGCCGGACCCUCACCCUCCAGCAGCCUGGGCAGCUUGAGCCCAGCCGAGAAGGGUGACUGCAGCUCCUCCUGCAGCUCCCGCUCCGCCGCCAGCGAGGACAGGCUGCUGUGCCACGCUUUCUUGCAAGUGAGCAGCUUCCCCGAGGUGCUGGCCUGUGAAAGUGCAGACAUCGACCUGUGUGUCUAUAACCUUCACCUCAAAGACCUACAGCGCUUGGAUACAGCACUGAGGCAGGAGCAGCACAUGAUGUUUAUUCAGAUUUUUAAAAUGUGCCUCCUGGACCUUCUUCCUAAGAAGAAGUCAGAUGAUGAAUUGCACCAAAAGAUCCUUUCAAAGCAAGAACAUGAUCUGGAGGAAUUGGAGAAGGGACUUCAGGCCAAACUGUCGAACACAGAAAUGCUGGGCACUGGCGACUCGGGGUACAUCACCCUGGCAGACGUGGAGAAGAAGGAAAGAGAAUACUCAGAGCAGCUCACGGACCACAUGGAAGCUUUCUGGAAACAGAUGGAAAACAUCCAGAACUUUCUUGUGGACCAAUUUAAGUGCUCCAGCGCCAAGGCACGGCAGCUCAUGAUGACUCUGACGGAAAGAAUGCUUGUGGCUGAAGGGCUCUUGCGCCAGUCUCAGGACCUGCAGACGCUGGAUACCCUGCAGAGGACACUGGGCAGGGUGCACAUGGCCAAGCUGGUCGAGUCCCUGCGGAUGCAGAUCCAGGAGGAGACCAAGUGCCACCUGGCCGCCAUGUCCCGUAGCCUGGACCUGCUCACCGUACAGGGCAUGCUGUCUGGGCAGCAGAAGGAGGACCUGCUGGCCCAGCAGCACAAGGCCUUCUGGGAGGAGGCAGAGCACUUUAGCCGGGAGUUUGUGCAGCACAGCAAGGAUCUGAUGCAGUCAUCUCUGGCUCGCCAGGCGGAGGGGACGGCCAAGCUCUCCCUAGCCCACGAGGAGGAACGGAGGAGCUUGCUGGCUGGUUCCCCGCUGACCUCGGACCCGGAGGAGUUCCUCAAGGCUCUCCACGAGGUCCUGGAGCGGCAGCAGCUGACGCAGAGUGACCUGGAGGAGGAGGAGGAGGUCAGAGCCACUGAGGCCGCAGCUGCACUGUGCCAGGAGCUGUACCGCAGCACCAUGGACACCUUCCAGCGCCUCGUGGACACCCUGUUCCUGCACACGCUCCCGGGUGUCAGCGGCCUCCCCAGGACGGAGUGCAAGGCCCUGCGGCAGGAGGUGCAGGAGGAUGCGGCUCGGCAGCUGGGGCACUCGGACCGCUUCCGGAGACGGCAGUGGGGCCUCCUGCAGGAGCUGCUGGAGCAGGACAGGCAGGUGCGGCUGGAGGACAGUGCGCUGUCCGCGGUGCUGCAGACCCAGCUGCGGGAGGAGCAGGAGAGCACAGUCCGAGGAGUCCUGGGCCGGCUGGGCGGCCUCACGGAAGAGUCCACACAGGGCGUUCUGCAGGGCCAGCAGCUGCUCCUGCGCUGUGCCCUCCGCAGGCUGGGCCUCCGCAGUGACGCCCUGGCCACCCUGGCGCAGAUGCGGCUGUCAGGGAAGAAGAGGCUCCUGCAGGAGCUGCGGGAGCAGCACGCGCUGGAGCAGGGCGCGUCGCCGUGUCUGGACGAGCACCAGUGGCAGCUGCUCAAAGCCCUGGAGGCGCGUGUCCAGGAGGAGGCCGGCCGGCUGGAGGGGGAAGCGCAGCGCACGCGGAUGCAGCUCCAGCAGCAGCUGCUGGCCGAGGCCCAGGACGCGCGGCAGCGGCUGCAGGGGCGCUUGGAGCGGGCAGUGGGGCAGGCGCUGCUGCUGCACUCGCGGAAUGCGGCCACCAGGAGCCGCGCCCAGGACGGGGACGAGUUCCAGCGGACUCUGGUGGAGACUGCGGCGGACAGCGUCUACGUGACCCGUGCCAGUGUAAGCCGCCUGGCGCAGGCGCACUACCAGCGGCUCAGGAGGGCAGCGCAGGACCACACGGAGCGGACCCUGCAACAGCUCGAGACACUGCACGGUGAGAGGGUCGACAGCUACAAGCUACAGAAAAAGCAAGAACUCGGUGAGCCCUCGUCCGGGAGCCAGGCAGCAGGCAGUGCUCCCCAGGAAGUCCCCCAGAGGCUGCUGUCCCAGCAGAGGAGGCUCUGGGCCCAGUUCACGGUGCACCAGCGGCUCCGCCUGGACGCACAGAGGCAGAAGGCUGGGGCCCUGGACCAGCUGGAGGCCCAGCUGGAGGCCCAGCUGCAGGAGGCCCAGCAGACCUUCGUCACUGAGCUGGCGGCGCUGACCCGAGUGCCCCUUGCGGACCACAAGCCGAUCUCUGAGAAGUCACUGAGGACCAAAAGGAAGAAGCCCCCGCCCCAGGAGAGAGGGGACCCGGGGUUGCCCAAUGAUGACCACUCUGCCUCUGGAUCGCCCAGCAAAAGGCUGAGUCAGCAAGAAGGCGAUGCAGGCGAUGGUGACAGCUCUAGGAAGAUGCUAAAGAAAAGAAGCAAUCUGUAGCUCCAGAUGAGGUCGGACCUGAGGCACACAGCAUGUCCCCGCCCAGCCACGCGCCAAGUGGCCUGACCGCAGGAGGCCCGUGGUGAGGGGACUGGGCACGGAUGUGAAGGUGCCCUGGAAAGUGUGAAUGGGACAACGGUCCCAGGGCGGGAACAUUCGGGAGCUGCUGCUGGGAAGGGUUUGAGCCCUGCUUCUCCUGUCUGUGGGACCUGGCGUGCUCCCUCCUGGUCGCCCCCUUUCUCCAGAGGGUCCCCCUUCUGUCCCUGGCCUCUGUCCCCGCCGCACCCUGCUGUGGAACCUGCCUGUCCGAGCUGCGGUCCUGUCCCGGCCCUGUCCCAGCGCAGCGCCCUCUGUCGACCACCCUGUGGGGUCUUGGCCUCCCUGGCACCUCCUGGAUCCGAGGCCACCGUCCCUGCCACCUCCAUCCCCGACUCUGCCCGCUCCCCACCCUGCGCCCUGGCCAUGGGCCACCCGGUCUCCCCAUUAGGAGCAAGGCCUGGCGUGGUGCUUUCUGUGCUUUACUCAGCCAGCGCUGAGACCUGGGCACCCAGCAGGUGUCUGAGUCCCAGUAUUAACAACUCCGGCCUACACCCUGGGAUCCUGGGCCGAAGGCCCGUCCUGCUCCCCUGGGGCUACGGAGCCCCAGAUUCUUGUCCCCUGCAGCAGGGCUCCUCUUUGGGGUCCUCGAGGACAUGGACAGAGGCCAUGUCCAGCCGUCCGGCUCUGGUGGAGUCGCGGAGUCCUUGUCCCCUGUGGAGAAGGGUCCCUCUGUCACCCCGCAGGUGGCGAGGACACCUAAUGGUGCCCAGGCCAGCCACACUUGCGCCCCCACCUGGGAGGCCCAACCAUGCCCCGGGCCACAUCCCAGACAGGAAAGGGCCCCUUCAGUGACAUCCGGGCCCCACAGCCUGGCAGCGUGGACACUGGCGAGAGGACUUCUUGCUUGGGGCAUGAAGGCAGCUUGUGCAGACGGGGCACUCACGUCAGACCCAGUGGAAGCGGAGCCCAGAGGUCGUGGGGCAUUGGUGCUGUGAUGCCCGAUGUGGGGACCCUGGCUGCAGCUCUGGGGGCACAAAGCUGCUCAGAGGGAGCUUCCGUGAGGACGCCUCCGUGGUGACAGUGUCCCCGCGCCCCGGUGACAGAGGGACUUCGCUUUAAAUCAGCACACAGGGUGCUGUCCUUUCCCCUGCGAGGCCGCCCCAAGCCUGGCCCCCCUGGGUCCGCCUGUGAUCCUCCCCACACACCCCUGCUCACUCCCGAAUAAACGCAGGUAGCUUCA